UCGUAUCCUAAGUCCACGCAAGCAAAGAUCCUCGGCAGUUAACGUCAGCACUCAUCAGUUGCCUUGUGCGCGGAUAACCCUAUUAGAACAUCUGCAAAGGUUUGUUGUACUAUAUUGAUAAUACCACUCACAUCAAGUCGAGGACACAACAGGCCGCUGUCCGCGUAGGGCCAUACAUCGUCACAGCCAACGCGGCACAAAAGCGCCGGGCAAUUAGUUUGGCCUUUACUCUUUCACCGAUAGGACCUUAGCUAUACCGACUCUGUUAGGAAAUGCAGUCGGAGACCCUGCAGGGUACAAAGCGUCUAGCGCUAAUCUCCGCCCACCAACACGGCUUCCAAGGAUUCCCAGCCCUUACGUGUCGUCAAGCACCGACGCGCUCAGCACCUUCCAUAUGCGGUACACCCCUGCACCUCGGAGCCACACGGCUUCAGCCUUCCUCCACACGGAUCCCUGCGUUAAACGCCUCAGCCUCAGAUGGGGCCAGGCCACUUACAACGUCUGCAGCGGCUGCGGUUCAAGCCGAGGUUAGGGCCAAACCCACUCCAGCAGCUCUGCCAAGGGAGCUGGUCAUGCAACUAGGCCAACUACCCCCGCAGUGCCAGGUCCCCGCCUGCACGCUGCCUGCACUGCACCAGAUGCUGGAGCACUACGCAGCCCGCACGCCCCGUCUGCUGUCUGUGCUGGAGCUGGUGAUGCGCCCCGGGUGGCCUCAGGUGGCUCAGCUGGGCCACGACCACUUCGCCUUCAGGACGUUCGGGGUUCCCGGCCUGGGAAUUGCCUCCCUGGAGCGAGUCCUCCUCCCUCUGGGCUACACCCGCGUGCCCCAGCAGCCGCCUCUGACCUUCCCGGGCAAGAAACUCGUGGCGGCGUGGUUCCGAGCGACCGACCCACGGGUCAGCGCAGUGCUGCCGCGCGUCUUCGUCAGCGAAAUACAGGUGGAGCGGCUGUCUGAGAGCGCGCAAGAGGUCAUCCGGGGUUGUACCGGCUGGGCGGUGGAGGCGGAGCCAGAGCAGACCACGGUGCAGGUCGUGGCGGCUCUGCUCACCGGUACGGCACCCUGGCCCCGCCCCACCCUGGAGCAGUACGACACGCUGCUGCGGGAGUCGGAGUACGCAGCAUGGGUCCUGGCUCACGGCUACAGCCUGAACCACACGGCCCUGGCGCUGCACCGCCUGCCGCCCGCGGGCCAGGGAGCCGACAUCGCGGCGCUGGUGGAGCGGCUGGGGGCGGAGGGGCUGGAGCUGAACCCGGAAGGGGGGCUGGUGAAGGUCAGUCCUGACGGCUUGCUGCUGCAGUGUGCCGUACUGGCGGACCGAGUGCCCUUCACCUUCGCAUGCGGGGCGCAGCGGGACAUCGCGGCAGCGUACGUAGAGUUUGUGCAGCGGCUACGGCUGCCAGAGUACGCUGGCCUGCCGGCUGAGGAGGUGCGUGAGGAGCAUCUGCGAGACGGCUUUGAGGUGGGCAACGCGGACCGCAUCUUCGAGUCCACCACCCUUGCGGCGGGCGCACGAGGAUAGGGAAGUGAUGAGAAAACCGCUUUCUACAGUGAAGGGAAAUGGUGUUAGCAGCUUUAGGUGGAUGGCUUAGGAAUUGGGGAAGGAAUCCCAUGAAUCAAUUGUAAGGUGUCUUAGUUGCACAGAGCGAAGUUCGUCGGGUACCCUGUGAAUUGGCUUCGGGGUUGAAGUUAGGUCCGCGCAGCAGAAGCAUGGCAUGUCUUGCAUCGUUCGGUGGCCGACAAGCGUGUCGAUCUAUCCGCAUAGAGUAAACCAGCUGUGUUAUCACCCGUACGUAUCGCUAGUGAAUUUUCCCGGCAUACGAUACAAUUAUGAGGUGGCCAACUGCGACGUGACGGCUAAGAUUGCUUGCAAGCCAUUGCUAUUGAUGGUUGGACCGCCGUCUCUGCUGGUGCUGCAGCACAGUAGGAAUUCGCACUCUCCUGGGUCGCAUCUACGGGUAACAAUGAUAAUUGUCAUAUCAUGAUUUGACAACCGACAGCACGUACGGAC